AUGCAGGCAAUCGCUCGCGACGAGCAGGCCAAGCGUCGCGCCGGCACCGCCCCGCAUCGCAAGGAGACCAGGCACGAGAGCGGAGGAGGAGCCCCGGGGACCACCGGCGCCAACGCGGGCGGCUACCCGACAUCCUCCGCGCCGGGCGACGUCAUGGAGGACUUCAAUGCCAGCGAUGAGGAGGAUAUGCUCGCGGAUCCCGAGGGCUACCUCGUCGGCGCCACCUCCAUGGUCUGGGAAGACGAGCUCUACACCUACGGUGGACUCGCUCCGGAGGGUGAGUUUGUGGACAUCAUCCUGCGAUGGUCCGGCAAGGACCAGAGCACCGAGCUGCAGGCCAGGGCGGCGAAUCCGGACGUCGGCAUACCUCCGGGUCGGUACGGUCACACGUCCGUCGUCGUGGACGAUAAGCUCUACGUCUUCGGCGGACAAGGGCAGUUUGGCUGCCUGAACGAUCUCUGGUGCUUCGACUUUGAGAGGUGCACGUGGUCGAGGGUAGACGCCGCGGGAGAACCCCCGGCGGCGAGGACCGGACACUGCGCGUGCGUCUCCAACGGCGUCAUGUUCGUAUUCGGGGGUAAGGACGUGCGGCCCGGGAUGGACUCGGUGGCGCACAACGACCUGUACGGGUACGACCUGAAAGAGCGCGAGUGGCUUCCCAUCGAGACCAGGUGGCGCAGACCCGCGGGCGGCGACGGGUGCGCGAUGACGUCGAUGAACGGCGUCCUGUACGUCCUAUCGCCGUCCGAUACCAUGAUGGAGAUGCUCCUGUGGUGUUUGCAGCUCAGCGCGCAGGGCCGGCUGCGGUGGACGCAGGUGCCGAGGGUUGGGCAGUUACCGACGCCGAGGACCGAUUACGUCGCCACGCUCUUCGGCGCCAACUGGAUCGUCCACGGCGGCCGCGUCCUCCUCCAGGACGGCGUCCUCGGGGACACGUACGCCUUUCACUUUCCCACCGCGGAGUGGGGCAGGUUCGACCCGGAGUCGGACACGGACCCGAGGUUCGGACACGCCGGCUCCGCCGUCGACGGAGCCCUCGUGUUGCUCCACGGAAAGAGGGACACCGGCGUCUCGUCCGAGGCUGGGGACAAGGACACCGGCGUGUGCGUCGCGAUCAACCUCGAGGAGUGGUGCAUGUUCCCCGAGCACGCGCCGGAGGGAGACGGGGACGGCGUCGACGCCGCCUUCGACCCGCACGCGCACAGGGGACGGGACGGGGUGGAGUCGGGGGGCGCGGGGGGGCGAGGCGACGCCGAGUCGCCGGGGAAGGGCCGCGCGGGAUUGAAGGAUUCUCCGACGAACGAGUUCGACGCCAUGAUGACCGCGUUCGAGGCCGAGGGCGAGGGCGGCAAGAUGAACGCCAAGAUGCUGGGUAAGCUCAACAGGAAAGGGUACGGCACGAAAGGUGGCUUGCUCGGCGGAUCUCUCCACGUCGGCAGAAAAGGGAGCCACGCGCGAGGCGACGUGGAACUCAUCGCGGGCAACGUCAAGCUUCACGCGCACAGGGACGUGCUGGCGUCCGGUUCGCCCGGCCUGGCCAAGCUCAUGGAGCUCAGGCCGGUGGUCAGCGCGCUCAAGCGCCAGCCCGACCUGGUCAAGCACGCCGCGCGAGUGCACCCGAUCCUCGGCCAGGUUUUCGCCAUCCUGGUCACAAUCGCCCACUUCAUCGCGGUCAUCGUCACCUUCGCCGCGAGGUCCGCGGCGCUCACCGGCGGUCAGGCCCGACCCAGCACCAAGCUGGUGUUCUCGGAUCUCAGCGUCCCGGUGCUCGUGGGCUUGCUCCGGUGGAUGUACCGCAUACCGCUUCACCCGCCCAAGGAGCUCCUCGUGGACCUUCACGACGCCGCCGUCAAGUACGACGUGAAAGCCUUGCCGGCGUACUGCGCGCAGCGGCUCAAGGCGGAGAUGUCCCCGGAACUCUGCGCGCAGGCGGCGAGGAUCGCGAAGGAGCGGCACGUGGCCGGGCUGUGGAAGCAGGCGGUGCGGUGCGCGCAGAGGGAAUGGGACGCGGUGAGGUAUUCCGCGGGCAUGAGCGAGUUGGCGGCGAAGCACCCGGAGUGCGCCGGCGAGCUCACCCUGGCGGUGCACCACCUGAUCACCGUCAACGACGACAACGACGGGGAAGGGGAGUGA